CUGCUACUGUCUCUCACUAUUCGAUCUGCCCUUUCACCCAAAACUCUAAAACCAUCCUGACUUUGCCAUCACCCAAGACCAGACCUUCCGGCAGCAUUUUCCGGCAACCCAAAACAGUCCUUCCUUUUUCUCUAUCGUUUAGUUCUGAAUUUGCUGUGUUGUUGCAUUCAGAUGUUGAAGCAGUAAAACAGAAGAAUAAAAUUAGAGAUAAUUUUUGUAUCUGAAUGGCAGCUUCGGCAAAAACUCUCACAAACACCAAUUGCACAACAAGUGGAGAUUGGACGGUUGUUUUACCCCGUCGUGGAAAACAAAGGAGAAAAGUUGCCGAAGUUGGUAAAAUUUUGGAAGAAAAACAAGAACCAUGGGCUCCAACAGAUUCUCAGACAGAUCCAGGCAAAGAAACAGCAUUAAUGCAGAAAAUGGAAAGAUACAUUAAUAGGAUUGGGAACUCUCAGUUCUAUCAUACUUUCAGAGAUCAGAUUCAAACAUCAGUUUUCGAUUAUUUCCGGACGGUUUUAGGCUCCGACACAAAGAUGCAAAUGGUCAUUUAUGGUAUUGGCAGUAUCGAUUUGUAUGAGCCUCCACGUUUGCAACUUAGCAUUGCAAUGUUGAUGAAAAGAGAUUUCAAUUGGAUUGGAAGCAUAGAGGUAUUUGAUCCUAUUCUCUCUGUAACUGAGUCUCGGGUUUUGGAAACUCUUGGUUGUUCUGUCAUGUCCAUCAACGAGCAUGGAAAGCGAGAAGCUCUAAAGCCAACAAUGUUCUUCAUGCCUCACUGCGAAGCGGAGUUAUACAACAACCUGUUGCGGGCAAAUUGGAAACCGAAUCUUUUAAAAAAUAUGGUGUUAUUUGGGAACAGCUUUGAAACAUAUGAGCAGCAUGUUUCAUUAUGUAAGAACUCACCUAUUCAGAACUCCUUAGGGUAUAUCUUGGCUGUCCGAAGUUUCGCAAAUGAAUUCAGAAUCGAAACAAUUUCCGAUGAUUAUUAUAAUGCAUUCCAUGAUUCAAGUUGGCAUUUUUUCAGCGCUGUUCAUGAGACAGAACUGCAAUUUAUCAAUUCUUGAUGGAGUUUAUCUCAAUAUUUUGUUGUAUACCACUAUGGCUUAUCGUUCAAGAAAAUGUUAGAACACUUCAAAUCUUAUUAUUUUUUUCAAAAUGUCCUUGAGAUUUGAUUCUUAUGCCUAAGGGUUAAUGUGAAACAUCGUGAGAAGGUUCUGGUCUUCAUUUAUUUGAGACCUCUACUAUUCCUUCGGAUUCUUUUAUUUUUUAAGGUCUCGUUUGAAUUUGAGACAAAAUGAUCAACUUAAUAAUAUCGAUAUUUGCUAA